CUAGUUUGGCAGCAAAUUGUUUGUUCCACAUGAGGAUGGUUCCUCCCGCUCGCUCCCAACCUUUGCAUCCCCGCCCAAGAAAGUGCAAAACAACCUGCGCUGGCUGCCCAUCUGUCACGCCUCCACCUCACCGUCUUUGCUGUUCUCUCCUCUUCCCUUCUGUUUUCAUUCUUGCUUUACCUGGUCACUCUUGCUGCUCUUCGCCCAACUUAUUCUGGUCUGUUGUCUGCCGCUUGAACUGUUGUGCCGACCACUGCUGUCUUGUUUCGACGGUGGUAUCUGUGCGGACUCGCCAUCAGACAUCCUUCCCACUGACUGACUGGUGCUGUGGCUCCAAAGUCGCAGAGGGGUGGACAGGUCGUAAGACAUAGGGCAUUUUCAAGGAUGUUGGGACUUACACGAUCAAAGAAUCAAUCGCCCUCGGACGACUCCUUCCCCACGGGUCAAUUCCUCGUGCUAGCAAUAUGCCGCCUCGCCGAGCCUGUCGCCAUUACAUCCAUCUUCCCAUAUGCCUGGCUCAUGGUCAAGCAGUUCGGCAUGGCUGACCCCUCCUUCUGGGCAGGCGUCCUCAUUGCCUCUUUCUCCCUCACCGAAGCUCUCUGCUCUUUGCUAUGGGGAGGACUCUCGGAUCGCAUAGGAAGAAGGCCAGUUCUACUCUUUGGUUGCUUUGGAACAAUGCUUUCACUGUUGAUCGUCGGCUUUUCCACAAACUUUACCAUGGCUCUUGCAGGUAGAGUUCUCGGAGGUGCGCUGAAUGGCAAUGUUGGCGUCAUACAAACCAUGGUCGGUGAGCUCACAACCAAGCCAGAGUGGGAGCCCAAGGCAUAUGCCAUCAUGCCGUUCGUAUGGGCCAUUGGUACAAUCCUUGGACCUGCAAUCGGCGGCAUUUUCGCCGAUCCUGCAGCGUCUUACCCAGAUGCCUUUUCCAAACAAGGGCUCUUUGGUCAAUUUCCUUGGCUUCUCCCAAACCUCAUCUGCGCUUCGCUCAUGCUCGUUAGCAUCCUCAAUGGCUACUUGUAUCUGAGGGAGACCCACCCCGAUCUCGCCGGUGCCCGCGACUCCAGCGUCUACCAGAAUGUUCCCGAACAAACCCGCAUGAUCAGCGCCGCAGGUGCCACUGCUGACAAUGCCGUUGAUCUGAGGCAAGAAUCGUACGGGACGUUCAACGAGAUUGACGUCCCAAAGAAUGAUCAAUGGCAGCUCAACGCCGAUGGGACUUCGCGCGAACCGUCCAUCAGCGAGAAGGCCUCCCCGAAGUGGCUUACCAAGAAAAUCGUGAUGCUGACGCUGGCGCUCUCGAUCUACACGUACCAUUCGAUGUGCUACGAUCACCUCCUCCCCAUUUUCUACCAGGACAAGGCCGUCAACCAGAUCUCCAUCGCGGCGAGCGGCCCGGUGGACAUCCCCGGCGGCCUCGGGCUGUCCACCCGAGAUGUCGGGGUGAUCAUGUCUGUCAACGGCGUCAUCGCGUUGUUCAUUCAGGCCGUCAUUUUCCCCUGUGCCGCCGAGCGCCUUGGUGUUUGGCGCGUGUUUGUUCUCGUCACCGUCCUGCAUCCCGUGGCGUUUUUCAUCGUCCCCUACCUAGCCCUGCUUCCCCCCACCCUGCUCUACCCGGGCAUCUAUGCCUGCCUGACGAUCCGAAACUUCCUCUCGAUUCUCGACUAUCCGGUCAUCUUGAUCUUACUGAAGCAGGCGAGUCCGUCUCCCGCCUACCUGGGCCGCAUCAACGGGCUGGCCGCUUCGGCGGGCGCGGCCUGCCGGACCGUGGCCCCACCCGUGGCGGGCAUUUUGUAUGAAUGGGGCUCUUCCAUCGGGUUCACCGGGCUGGCGUGGUGGUUUGCCGGGGUUGUUGCCAUCCUCGGCGUGUUCCAGCUGUGGUUCGUUCCCCGGGAGAAGAACGAAGCCGCCGUGGUCAAGUCGAUUGUUCCGUGUCUGGACCAUUCCUCCGCCGAAAGGGUGUCGGACGUGGUUGACGUGACCGUGGUGGGCGACGAGGAGUAUGCUUAAAACCGGGGAGGGCUGUUAGGGAAAGGAAAAAAACAGAUACCAACUGGAUUUGAGACUGUUAGAUGAUGGUGUUAUCAGGCGGGGCAUUUAUUUAUUCGGUUUUGGAAUGCACGGCGUUUCUGGUCAGGAUGGAUGCAGGAACCCCAGGACUGGGUCCAAUGGAGCACAACAGGUGGAUUUUGUGGGCAGGGCUGAGCAUGGCGUUUGUGGAUGGGAGGCGAGGCGGGGCGGGGGCAACAAACUCGGGCCUCAGAACCGCGAACCUGUACGGGGUAAAAGGGCCAUGAGAACACGAGGCAACGCGGCGUGGGAUUACAGGACGGACGGAUCUUUUGGCUAGGAGGAGUUUUGGUUUUCUCAUGCCUGGGACCGGAGAAUUAGAUACACAGCACAGGGUCAGGCGUAUGCCUGCGUAGGUAGGUUGGUAGGUAGGUGGGUAGGGAGGGAGGUAGGUAUGUAAGGAAAGGGACAACAAUCAAUCGAAAUGCA